CCCUCCCUUCUUCCUUCCCGCCCUCUUAGUUACCCCGCCGGCCAAGGGAGCCUGGCAGAGCGAGCGGCGCCGGCGUCAUGUGACAGCGCUGCCUAGUGCCAGGAGCCUGCCCGAGUGGGGGAAGAGAAGCAAGCAAGGAAGACGAGGCGCUCGGGCGGACGCGCGGCUGCUGCUGGGGAAGAGGCAAAGGAUACACAGGCUCCGGCGGAGGCGCCCCGCGAAGACCUCCUCCCGCCCCUUCCUGCCUUCGCAAGGACCUAAGCGGCGAAGAGAGCCGCUCUUUGGUCUCCUCGAGAGAAAAGCAGCACCGUGUCCCCCGCCCCCCGCUCCUCAGUAACUUAAGCAGCAACUUCUGUGCCCCGGUGCGGCGAGCUGGGGCAGUCGCGUUGAUCGCCUCGCUUGGCUUGGCAAGUAAAAAAAAGACACUUCAAAAAAUUGUAAAACAGAAGCUAAUCUUUUAGCGCCACCUAUGGAUACAAAUUGACUCUGAUCCUUAACAGCUGCACAUUGUCUGGAACAGGAUUGGCUUGCUUCAGAGUCCUGGACAGCACCACUACAAGUAGAGUUGACUAAGAAGAUGCUAAUGUUUGAUCCUGUCCCUGUCAAACAAGAAACGAUAGAAACAAUUCCAGGGUCAUUCAACUCUAGUUACAUGGACCACCUGAAGCCCAACAAAUACAGUGUCAUUUAUUCAACACCAAAUAUGAUGCCCAGUAAAUUCUACCAGAUUCCAGAAGGACUGUGCAAUGAAGUCCAAAUGGAGCCUGUCGAUCUCACAGUGAACAAGCUGCCUUCAGCUGGAAGUUCUCCUUCUCCUCUGAAAUUUCAGACUGUACAUAGGAGACACUCACCUGUAUUAAAUCUUCCCUCUACCAGUCCUCCAAUGAAGAAAUUGACUCCCCCAGGAAUACAGCCUUUCAGUAUGCCAUUAGCUAUUCCUCCAGUAAUGGCAGCUCUUUCACGCCAUGGACUUAGAAGCCCGGGGAUACUUCCAGUAAUACAGCCAGUUGUAGUACAACCAGUCCCCUUUAUGUAUGCCCCUCACCUUCAACAGCCUAUUAUGGUGUCUACAGUUCUUUCAGAUGAGCUGGAAAACCCAAGUAGCAUGCCAGUACCGGUUAUCGAAUCUUAUGAGAAGCAAGCACUAAAGAAAUCUAUCAAGGUAGAGCCAGGCUUGGAAUCACCUAGAAAUGACUACUAUCCUGAACAAAUCUCCCCUCCGCUGAUGACCUCAUUGUCACCCCCUCAAGCAAUGCUUCAAGAGAAUCACCCUUCAGUUAUAGUUCAGCCUGGAAAGAGGCCUUUACCUGUGGAAUCUCCUGACACACAAAGGAAGCGUAGAAUACACCGAUGCGAUUAUGAAGGCUGCAACAAGGUUUACACUAAAAGCUCCCAUCUAAAAGCUCACAGAAGAACACACACAGGUGAAAAGCCUUACAAAUGCACUUGGGAAGGUUGCACAUGGAAAUUUGCUCGAUCUGAUGAACUGACACGGCAUUUCCGAAAACAUACUGGAGUCAAACCAUUCCAGUGCCCAGACUGUGAUCGUAGCUUCUCUCGCUCUGACCAUCUUGCUCUUCACAGGAAACGCCACAUGCUAGUCUGAAAAUCUUUUCAUUCAAUUUUCUUCAUUAUUUCCUUUCUUUUUAUUUUUAACCUGUGCAUUUUAAUUUGGAUUCAGCUGGCCUGAAUCUCUGGAUUUAUAGCCUCAAAACCUUCCCUAUGGUCAGUAAAAGAUGUUUGCUUGACCCUUCUUUGCCCUUGCCACGGGUCAGUCCUAAGAAAUGUGAAUAUUUUUUUUUCCAGGGGAUGCUAAGCAAACCCUACUUGCCAGCAACUAGAUUAAAUUUUUGAGACUAAAAUCAAGCUGGUUAGUUUUGCCAUUUAAUCAGCUAGCGUAUGUUGAUCAUAUAGUUACUGUUGGAAAUCCAGCCUGCUAAUCCUUGCCAGAGACGCUGUGUGUCCUGUAAAGGAUGUGUGUCUCCUUUUUAUGCUCAGCAAUGCAAUGAAUGGAUCCUUUCCAGUGUGGUUGGUUGUCGAAGCAUGUUCCACAAGACACUUUUUGGAUAUUAAAAAAAAAAAUCAAGCUAGGAGUGAAUGAAAAAUUGACGAGUGGCUGUUAUCAGAAAUUUUGUCAAUGCAUAACGUUGUACAUACUUACCAACAUUGCCUCUCUUUUGAUCGUUGUUGUGUAGAAUGCUAGCUUGUGUUUGCCUGGAGAUAGUGCCUCAGUAGAUUCAUUAAGCAAACACCUUCAUGUGAUGUCAUUAUCUAUGUUUUAUGUGCAACUGUAUGAAUGGAACACACAUGGUACUCCUAUGAUGUGGGAUUCAAUGAUACAUGCAAAGAUCUACCUCACUGAGGAGGUGUGGUAGGUAUAGUCUUCUCUCAUCACUCCUCUGUAUUUCCAGUUGUGUAGAAGGCCUCUAGCCUUUGCUUGGCAAAAAUUUAAUCAAGUAUUUUAGUAAAAUGAACCCAGUCAGCUCACUAUUAGAAGUUAAUUCCAUCACAGACACUACUAUAUUUAGAAUAACAGAUAUUCAUGGAAGAGAAAAAUCUUAAACAAUUCUAUACAGCUCAACAUUGAUCAAAAAAAAAAUUCACAAAUGGAAAAGAUACACUUUGAUCUCUCUCUCAUGGGUCGUGUUGGCCUUAUAAGCCAAGUUCAGCGGGAGAGCUUCAUGAAGUUCUUCAGGAACUAUUUUGUAAGAGUCCACCUUCAUAGAAUAAGUGAUUAAAUACACAUAAAAGAUGUGCUUUUUAAAAAUCCAGCAUUCAGUAUUCUCUAGAGGUGCUAUUUAUGUACAAAGAAAGAAAGAAGACCUUUGCUUUGACACUGGCCCCCCAUGUGUUUCUUUGUAGUCUCCAGGCUCAUAUUAGAAUUCAGCUUUCAUAUUAACAGCAUAGGAAUAGCUGGUCUGAAUUAGGCAAAGAAUUCUCAGUUCUCCAUUCUGUCCCCAUUGAUAGUGGCUGAUCAGAUACCUGUAAGAAGUCUACAAGUGGGUCAUGAGUGCAAUAACAACUUCCCACCAUAUUACCCAACUAGUAUUGAAGUAAUAAAUAGCCAACAAGGCUAGGAACCAUUGAUGGCCUUAUCUUUCAUGAUUUUGUCCCCAACUAAAUCAAUGGCCAUCGUUACAUCCUGAGGUAGUGAAUCUAACAUUGUGUAAAGAAGAGCUUCCUUUUUUCUGUCCUGAAUCUCUCACUGUUCACAUGCUCCUGGUUCUAAUAUUAUGAAAUAGAAAAACUUACCCAUAUUCACUUUCUUCACAAGAUGCAUAAUUUUAUGCACCUCUAUCAUGCCUCCCACUCCACUUGCCUUUUUUCUAAGUGAAAAAGCCUCAGACAUUGUAGUCUUUACUCAUAGGGAAAUUGCUCCAGACCCUUUAUCAUUUUAGUUGCCCUUUUCCACUGUUUUCCAGCUCUACAGUGUAAAGGGAAGGUUAAUAGAACAGCAGCAGCAAUAACAGAAAGGAACAAGACCUCAGAAUGUGCUAGGAAAUACUUUAUGGAAAUUAACUACUGUAAUCAAAUACAUUUCAGGUAAAUAAUGUUUCAGGGGCAACUUGGCUUAUUCAAGACUACAAAGUAGUGUUUGUUAUAUUUUCCCAUAGACUGUGUUGGUCUUCAAUAGUUCAUGUCUAUAAACUAUUUUCUAGCACUUUGUGUAGUCCUGUCUUUUCUUCUGCGUUUUAAAAAUAAUUUUACAGCAAAGGUUCUCUUUACCUCUCCCCACUGAAACCAAGGUAACUUGUUCACUUUAGCUGCAUCAUACCUAUUGUUUUUGCUGCCAAAUGCUGCUUUUUCCUAGUCUAUGCCUUGUAUUAUUUUGAAAAAAAUAAGUUCAUUGCAUAAUUAUUAUACAAAUAUGAGUUGAUUGAAAUGACUUCACUUCUUGAAAGUUCCUACAUUAUUGUUACUGAAAGGAAAAUAAUCACAGAAAAUAUCAAAAGAUUGAUAUGGAACUGUUGCCACUUAAUUUCACAAAUAUGAAGCACUUGUGGAGCAGGCUGUUGAGUCCCCAAAAUAUUUUUGUUGCACACUGCAGUUAUAAAACAUGCAGAGAGAUGAAGCAGUGUAGUGAUAACUUGAUGUAUUUCUAGUGAAAAAAAUGAGAAGAAAUGAGUAGGGGUGUUUUUUUUUUCAGUUUACUGAACUUUAAAGCCAAAGCCAGAGUUACUUGAAAUUUAACCUGGUUAGCUAUCUGGAAGUGCUUCUGAUAAAAUUUAUUCUCUCUGCUCCAGAAAGUGAACUGGUAUACAAAUGAGUAUGUUGCCUAGUUCAGUGAAAUCUGUAAUCUGUAUAUAUAAUCCAGCUGGGGAGUGGAGCAAAGAGGAACCAAAAAUCUACAGCUGAACAGUCCUUUCAUUAGAACCAACAAAAAAUCCAUAAAGAACUGUUAAUGCAGUCUUGAGUAGCAUUUUAGUUAGUCCUAAUAAAGGUACUGGCCACCUUUGGAUUUUGAACAUGUUAUUCAUGGACCAAUGUGGCUACCUAUGUUUUGUCUGUAUGUAUGUUUGCUUGUUUCACAGUCAAAACAUUAACAGAAACAGAAAUUUUCAAAACCAGCCUGAGACUCCUAAGAACAAUUCCAUCAAAAUUGUGCCACAUUUUGCUUUUCUAAAAGCAGUUUAAACCAGGAUUAAUUUUACUGAAGCAUUUGCAGCCCAUUCUGUAAAUGGAACAAAAGUCUGUUUUAGUUUCUGUGGUAGUGCCAAGCAAAUCUGGAAAAUACAUUAUUUUAUAUUGUGUGGAUACACUUGAACUGCUCUGUUGCUAACAUGGAAAAAAUGGAGGAGACUUGAUGAGGUUUCUAAGUGUCUGGAACUCAGGACUGGGAAGUGGAGAGGGAAGAGAAUCAUACCUUAUUCAACCACAACCAUUCUUUAAACUGAUUGUUUUGAAUCUUUCUAAAAAUAAACAAGAGUUUGACUGAGAUACAAGUUGCUGGCAUGUAUUGAGUGACUGAAGAUGAAGCCCCGUGAACACAGGCCACCAAUCCUGGGUAUCAGCGAUGUCUAAAGUAGAGCUGAAUGAAUGUUAUUCCAUUCCAGAAGUUUAGCUGCACUUGGCUCACAGUGCCUUGAUUGUAAAUCCAUGCACUGAGAGCAACCACUUUAUGAGUUCUUGAACGUGUUUAAAGAGAAAUUCAUUUGUAGUUCUGUCACACUUGAUCAUUCAUUAAAAUAUUUUUGAAGUGUGUUUAAGGGUUUUAAUAGUACAUCUGAGCUUAAAUGGUUUAAUAGUAGAACAUCAUUUGUGUUUAUACCAUAAAAUACCAAAAGAAAACUCAGUUCCAAAAUUCUAAAUUAUUAGCAACGCUCCACUAUGAAGCAGUCUAUUUAUUUUUUAUUCUCAGCAGUGUAAGAGGUAAAGGGUAUACUUGUCCUAUGAUAAUGAAAUACCUUUUAGAGUGGCCUAUUAAUGCCACAUCAAAUGUUAAUUAUAUAGCUGGCUAAUUAAGUCAAAUGCUGUUACGUGGUUCUGUCUAUAUAUUUAAUGUGUCCAUAAAUUUGGCAUCAUGUGUUAAAGGAGCAAAUUGCUUUAAAAUGUGGAUGUAAAUUGUAAAUAAUUAUGUUAAAAGAACUGAGGCUGGAUUUUGGUGAGCUACUUUAAUAGGGUCAAGGGCUAGUACAGGUGGUGAGAUUUUAAAUUUUACAUUAUCAUUUUGCUAGCACUAAUUUAAAUGAGGAAUAACUGCUCUGUUGAAGCCCAGGCUAUUUUUCUAACCUCCCUGUUUCAAAAAAAUGGAUUCCUGUGUAGUUGGAGACAGAAAAGAGCUACUGUUUAGAAAAACCAGAAACUAGUGACAUACUUUGAACCUUGACCAUGAACUUUGGGUUGACUUUGAAGGUUUCCUCCUACUUAUCAAAGGGUCUUUCUCCAAAUCAGAAAUAAAUCCUUUAGAUCCAAUGAUACAUUUCCAUGUAUCUAAGAUGGUCAGCUGCAGUCCUAAAAGCCCUUACACUGGAGUGUAACUCUCCAAAUAAUGCCUGCUAGUGAGUUCCAUAGAAAAAAUAUUGGGAAAUGGGUCUGGCAGUAGGUAGUUGCUGCUCCCAACGAUGAGGUAAGGUUCUGCUGUCAUUUUAUACUAUAGUAUAGUAUACAUACUAUAUAUCUCAAGGCUGAAGACAAAUCUGCUUAGGUAAGGAUAGAAAACAGCUUCACAGGUGCAGGGUCUUCCUGAAAUCUAACAUGGAUUCUAGCAUAUGUCCUGAAUAUACCAGGAAAUGUAGACAAACCCACUGCACAACACAGGAAGCUUUAAUGACUCCAUAGUGUGGCUUUUGGGAUAAUGCAUUCUGCUUCUUGUCUUUUACAAUUGGAAGAGGAUAUGUAAUUGUAAUUACAUAUUAAUUAAAAUGCAAGAAGGAUAUGUAAUUGUAAGACAGGAGACUUGGACUAUGGGACGUGUGUGUUGGGGAGAAGUUUGCAAGUGAGAAAAGCCCUCUUGCGAUUGGGAAAGCAGUAUGCAGUCCAAAGAUUACAAACAAAACAUGUUUCUAAAUGUGUGCACUAAUGAUAUUGCACUGUACAGGAUGCCGCUUUUAGGCUACUGUUUUAAUGAACAUCCCAUUAAACAGCAUUAUUAGGAAAUCUGUCUUUGCAGUUUGGAUUGUUUGAAGUUAAAACUGUAUUUCUGUAAUGCCAUUUUAAGUAUGCACUGUAGUUCUGUUAGCACAUAUCCAGAGAGAGAGAAAAGAGAACCAAACCAAAUCUUAUAAUGGAAAAAAAAGUUAGUAUUUUGCCCUCAAGCUUAGCAAAGUGUAGAGAUAAAUGCAAAUCUUUUCCUUUUAAACACGAUUGCAGAAAGUAUUUUACGUGUAUUAUCUGAAAAGGGCUAUAAUAUUUCCCAUUAUGUUUUACAGAUAUUAGCACUUUUUGCUAUUUAUGUAUUUUAAAAGUUAUAUGGUCAAAAUAAUCUUCUGCUUAGCAUCUCUUAAAACUUUACCUGCAAAUGUAGCAGGGAUAUUACAUUUACUUUAAUACUUGUAUAAAUCUAUGCAGAAUUUUUAAUAAAAUGUAAUAUAUUUUAUAAGCUAAUAAUUGGGUAAUUAAAGGUUUCUAGCAUGCAUUCCUAUCAUUUGCAGAUACUGAAACAUUUUGAUAAUCUUUCUCACUAAAGAUGUGAAUGUUUUAAUGUACCUUCACUGUUUCUACUUUUGGUAGUCCAAUGGGAAUUCAGUAAUGACAUUUUGUCAUGUUGAACUGUGAAUAUAAAUUUGUACUGUACAGUCCUCAUAUGUUAUAUAUAGUAUGCUAUAUGUGUUACACUUGUUAAUAAAACAACAAAUAUUAAAUGCCAA